AUCUCACCGCAUCGUAACAAACCGGUUUUAGUUUCCGGUUUACUCAAGCUAAAUCGCAAUUAAAUCCUCUCUUCUUCUUCUACGAUUUGGAGAAACAAACGGAAAAUUUGAUCGAAGAGAGUUAAGAUCUAAGGGAAGAAGAUGGAGAACAGACAAUCGAGCAAGAACUCGGUCCAUGUCUUCUUAUUGCUUACCUUGAUACUACUGAGUUCGAUCGAGCGAAUCUCCUCGCUCUCUGUGACGGUCAGCGACGAAGAAUGCGUCCAAGAGUAUGUCCUUUACGAAGGAGACACCGUCUCCGGUAACUUCGUCGUCGUCGACCAUGAAAUCUUCUGGGGAUCAGACCAUCCCGGUUUGGAUUUCACGGUGACGUCUCCUGCUGGGAACAUUGUACAGACGUUGAAGGGGACAUCAGGGGAUAAGUUUGAGUUUAAGGCACCGAGAAGUGGAAUGUACAAGUUUUGUUUCCAUAAUCCUUACUCUACUCCUGAAACCGUCUCCUUCUACAUUCACGUUGGUCAUAUCCCCAACGAGCAUGACUUGGCCAAAGACGAACACUUGGACCCGGUGAAUGUUAAGAUAGCUGAGCUGAGAGAAUCGUUGGAGUCUGUUGUUGCUGAGCAAAAGUAUUUGAAAGCACGUGAUACUCGUCACCGUCAUACUAAUGAGAGCACGAGAAAGCGGGUGAUAUUCUACACAGUAGGAGAGUACAUAUUCCUAGCAGCAGCAAGUGGUCUUCAGGUUCUUUACAUCCGCAAGCUCUUCAGCAAGUCUGUUGCAUACAACAGGGUUUGAACCAUCACCAAAACCCCUCCAUCAAGGUUGUUAUGUUAGAACUGAUGAACACAAGUGUGGUAGUUAAUUAAGAGAUUUAAUAGCUAAAGACUCCCUUUUAUACAAUCUUUCAUUGGCGUUCAGUUAUACUUAAGUUUUAACAUUAAGAACUUGAUAAAAGCUUAUAUUCUUAUUCAUCA